AUGCGAUACAAUCCAGCUAAUAAUGACGAAAAAAAAAAAGCUUGGUCAAUCAGCAAUCGUCAUAUUGAAAAAAAAGAAGAUUCAACAUUUUCAUCCACAAAAUACUUUAUUGAUAUUAUAACUGCUGGACAACCAAAGAAAAGAAAUCAUACAAAUGAACAAUGUCUUUCAGAUACAUCGUUGAAUCAAAUAUUACAAACUGGAGAACAUAUUUUUCAUAAAACUAAAAUUAAUAGUUAUAAUCUCAUGCAUUAUUAUCAAAUAUCAUCUAAAGAAGAUAUUCCACCAUUUAAAAAAAAAACAAAAUAA